UCAAUCGCAACUACUCGGCCCUUUUCGUCAGUCUUUAUCCGAAUACUGACGGAAAGGGCCGAGUAGUUGCGAUUGAGAUAAUAGCCGAGGUAGUUCCGAAUGGUCUGGAUGAUUAUACUUCCGUCACUGGAAAACCCCAAAUAUGAAUCAUCAGUUUAUGAAUGGUGGUCUGCCUGUACCAGCAGGCCAGGGCAACCAACAACCAGGAUUAGGUAAUCAGGGAAACAGAAGUAUGGUGGCACCGUCGUCUGGAAGCUCAUUCUCAGUGUUGUCCAAUCAGACUGGACCGAGUAACAAUGGAUUUAUUAGUCCAGUACAAAAUGGCAUACAGCCAUCUAUGACAGAUAUUUCUUUAGAACAAGCCAUGGAGAAACUGCAGGAGCUUGCCUCUGAGAAUGCAACUUUAAAAGAGUACUUGAAGGAAAAUAAUGAAAACAUGAAGAAACAGUUUCAGAUGUUGUUGCAAUGGAAGGAAAAAGUGAAUAAUAGUAAUAAACAAAACCUGUUACGUUUCGAGCAUCUACAUAGGCAGAUCAACUUGUUAAAAUUAGAGAAUGAAAAAUAUAAACAAGCUUUGGAAUCACCUGAUAAACAGGAAUCACUGCUAGAAGAAUUACAGUCUCGUAUACGCAGUCUAGAGGAAGAAAAAUUCAGUGCUGAGAGAGAAAUGCUAGAUUUACGUAAUAAAGUGGAGAACCUUAAAGCCGAGCUGAAUAAUAAAUCACCAGAUACAGAAACAGUUUUGAUUAACACUACAGCGGAUGAAUCUGAAUUGGAAGGGUAUAAAAAACGUUGUAUUGAGCUUGCUAGCCAAGUUCACAAUUUCCAUCAACAAAAUGAACAAUUGAUGCAAGACCUUCAACAUGUUAACACACUUAAAGUUCAGGUACAAACUGAAAAUGCAGUUCUCAAUGAGCAGAAUCUGGCAUUACAAAAACAGUUACAAGGAUUAUUUGGUGAUAUAAAUAAAACACGUUACUCUGUGGGGCCAUUAGGCGGAGUGCUGGAUCAUGGGAAGAACACUGAUUCAGGGCCUGGAAAUACUUCCAGAAAUAGUGAAAUGAAGGAAACAGAAAGUUCAAUAACAUCAAGAACAGACAUUGAAUUAUUAGCAAUGCAGACGGCCGCCACAGAGCGACAAACUAGUAUGAACGAGGAAGUAAUGUCAGGUAUUGCAGAGGAAUUGAAAGAAAAAUUACAGAUAGAAAAAGAGAGAACAUCAAAGCAAACUCAAAAAUUAAGCAGCAAAGAGGUUGAG